CUUUUUGUCCCUGAAGUCCGUGGCUACACAGUCAGGGGCACAGAUGGCAGAUCUCCUUUGUUUUGAGUCACACCAGGUAUCAGAUGGCUCAAGAUUGAGAGACCAGGGGGUAAAGCAAGAAAAAAACAACCAAGAUAUCUGCAACAUAACACAGAGUAAAUCCUGGGAGUUAUGUAACGUGACCACAAAAAGACCAUUCAAUUCCCAUGGAACCACUAUCGAGUCAGAACCCGGCUAUGGGGAGUUUAGAGUCUCGUGGCAGGUCGACCCUCACCCAGGGGCAAGGGCUACUGGCCUACUGCAGACUACGAUGGAUACAGGCAGUAAUCGUCGCGACACUCGUGCGAAGCCGGUCGAACUCAAAACGACCAGGAUGAGUCUUCUAGUGGCUGGGAAGGUUGCUGGUUCGGGUAUAGUGGAGGUUGAUCGAAGUGCCUUUCAACCCCUGCCUGCAUACGAAGCUCCUCCGACGCACUAAGCAGAGGCACUCACUGUAAGGUACGCGGAUGGUUGCUGAGUUUUUUCCCUCGUGCAGGCUGUUGGCCAGUCCAAGAAAUUCUAAAUUUUUAC